AUUUUAUUAGAACGUAUAUUAGGAUUGACAACCACAAAAAAUACGGGGAUUAGCAUAGCCGGCGAUUUGAUUGCCUACGCAGCUGGUUCUGUCGUCGUGUUAUACAAUCACAAGAAAAAUAAACAAGUUGGCUUUUUACAUGCGUCAUCAACAGCAUUACCUACUCCACCCACACAACUAUCCGCAAAUACUGCACCAUCAUGGUCUGGUGCUUUUCAAAAUCGACACACAAUAACAGGAGACGGAUUUGCGAACCCUUUGAUAAAUUCGUUAGGUAUUCUCGAUCCAGCCACUGCUGUUGGCGCAUCCUCGGCUGCUAGUUCCCCUAAAACAGCUGUUAGUAAUAAAGCAAAACCGAUAUCGUGUUUAGCUUUUUCACCGGAUGGAAAUUAUUUGGCUGUUGGUGAGACUGGUCAUCAACCCAGAAUUUUGAUCUGGGAUGUUAUAACUAAAACACUAGUAAAUGAAUUAAAAGGACACAAAUAUGGUGUAUUAGCUUUGGCAUUUUCACCAAAUAUGAAAUAUGUUGUGUCUUUGGGAUUUCAACAUGAUGGAUAUUUAAAUGUAUGGAAUUGGAAACAAGGAAUUAAAUUGGCGUGUAAUAAAGUCACAACAAAAGUUCACACAAUAGCAUUUAAUCGAAGUGGAUCGUACUUUGUUACUGCUGGUUUAAGACACGUAAAGUUUUGGUACUUUGAUUCCAAUGGAAAUUUACCUAAAAAACCAGCAGGUCAAUCAAUACAAAAAUCAUUAGUUCAGGUGCUGGAUGGACGGUCGGGAAUAUUGGGUGAUUUAAGAGAUCAUAAUUUUGUCGACGCAGUGUGCUGCGCGAAAUCCGAACACACUUAUUUUGUCACAUCAAGUGGUUUACUAUGUAUGUUUACCGAAGGGAGGAUGAUGGAUAAGUGGGUUGAAUUACAGGUUAAAGGUGCAUACUCCAUAGAUGUAAGCGAACAAUAUAUUGUAUGUGCAUGCACAAAUGGCAUAAUCAGACUUUUUGAGCCAAUCACCCUCAAAUACCUGGGCACGCUUCCAAAACCACACCCACUCGGUGUAGAUCUAAGCCUACAAACUGGAAACACAUAUCAAGGAAAUAGUAAUCCCAAUGACAUAUAUCCAGACACGGUUGCCGUAAAACUGGAUCGGGAAACCGGAAAACUAACGUGUUUGUACAGUGAUCGAAGCAUAUUUAUUUGGGAUAUAAAAGACAUUAAAAAGAUUGGAAAAUAUCGAAGUUUUUUGUAUCAUUGUGAUUGUAUAUGGGGAGUUGAGAUGAUUCCGAAUAGAGAUUCAACUACUUCAACAUUACCAGAAAAUACAUUUGUCACAUAUUCGUCGGACGGAACCAUCCGAUUUUGGAAUUUGGAUGCGAACAUUACUACUAAUAGCAAUAGUGUACAAAGUCCAACUCAUAUAGAUGCUAUAGUAAAUAAUAUUAAUCCGUUAUCGCCUGUUACACCACCAGGAGGAGGGACAUCAACAGGAGUAAGAAAAAAUAUAUACAGUAAAGAAUGCUUGAAAAUAGUAUAUGUCGAUCCAGACGGGACUUUUCGAAUGAGUGCUACAGGGAGUAAUCCAAAUGUUCAAGAAUUAACAGAUCCGAUUAAUUCUGAAUCCGGAAUUCGUGUAUUGAGAAUCAGUCCUGAUGGCAAGUUAAUGGCAUCGGGUGAUCGAGGAGGAAAUCUUCGAGUCCACGAUUUGGAAAAUUUCAAAGUAGUAACAUACCAAGAAGCUCACGAUGCCGAAAUUCUGAGUAUCGAAUUUUCUGAAGGUCGUGCAACGGGAGCACCAUAUCUAAUAGCGACCGCGAGUCGAGAUCGAAUACUGCAUAUUUUUGAUAUAAAUAAUAGUUUCCAGCUGAUACAGACGUUAGGUGAUCAUUCUGCGGCGAUAACAGCUGUGAAGUUUACUAAUGAUGGUGGCAGAUUGAUUAGUUGUGGUGCAGAUAAGAGUAUCAUAUUUCGAAGUCGACAGCAUUCUGGUGAUGCUCCUUAUUAUGUCACCUAUCAUAAUAUAUCGGGACGUGCAACUGUAUUCGACAUGGACAUUGAUGUUUCAAACCGAUACAUCGCAACGGUAUCUGGUGAACGUCGUCUAAACGUCUACCACAUCGAAUCUGGCAAAAAUGUCCGCUCCUACAAAUCAGAUACACCCGACGAAAUUAAUACUCCAGAUCAAGGAAGCCUUCAAAAAGUGAAUUUGGACCCUGGUGGUGUACUUGCUGUAGCCGGCGGAUCGGACAAGAGUAUACGUCUAUUUGAUUUCGCAAAUGGGACGAUACUUUCAAAAGCGUUGGGUCAUUCCGAAUUGAUCACCGGCGUGAAAUUCACGUCGGAUUGUCAGCGCAUUGUGUCGACUUCUGCUGAUGGUUGUAUUUUUGUGUGGAAGGUUUCGGAUGAAUUGGUAACGAAAAUGAGGAAAAAGUGGUUGGAUCGAAGUGGUGUGAAUGGUACUAAUUUCUUGGGCAGUACUUCGCCUAUUCCUCAAGAUUUACCGAACCCUGUUCAAACGGCGCUCAGAACUACAAUUCCGCCGGCCCAGAGACCUCAAACAAUGUUUUCUGAAACAGCGCCAAAUCAAAAUGAAGAUAGUAAUAGUUAUCUUGAAGGAUCUGAAUUCGUAGUUAGAAAACCAGUAAAAAAUAAAAGAUCCUUUAAUUCUCUCCCCUUGCCCGAAAGUCAUCAUGAAGAUGGAAACAGCACAACUUCAAACACAACUUCCAACACUUCUACUCCUCCCACACCCACAACAAAUUCAUCAUCAUCAACCUCACCACUUACCACGAAUAUUAAUACUAAUAACAAAAGGUUAUUCUUAAAAAGACCGACAUCGUUUGCAAACGAUGGUUCUUCCUCGACAAUGCGUAAUCGGAUACAAGCCCAUACUCAAAUUCGACCUGUUUCCGAUAUUUCUAUAAGUAGACUUCCACGCAUAUUUCCUAAUGCCAAUAACGGAAAUAAUGAAUCAAGUUCCACAACCCCGACACCUAAAGGUAAUAAUAAUAGUACUUGCACUAGUCCGCCACCUUCACGACGUGAAUCAUGGAAGUUAAAUUUACCCAAUUGGGCAAAGAGGUCUUUCAAGGAUAAGGAAGAAAAUAAUGACGGAGGAAUAGAUCAAGAAAAAGAAGGGACAGAUAAUGAUACGGCAAAUAAUAGUCUCAAUAAACCAACUUCAACGCUAACGGCAAUAUCACCGGUUAAAGACACUACACUAAAUCUCGACAAGAAAUUGCCUAUGAUACCAAGAUCAACGAAUCAGAGACAUAAAUCACAAAAUAAGCUAAGACAAGAUUCCACAAAUUCAUCAUUUGGGUUGUCGAAGAACACAGAAGUCUCCGAGAAUACUAAUAUUGCUCCCAGUGAAACACCAAACGAAGGGCUCGACAAUAUCAAUAAUAUAACUAGUGAGACAUCAUCAGUUCUUACUGAAGAUGAACUUCCAGGUGAUGAAUCUUCUUAUGAAGACACGGAAACUUUACGCCGUAGGAGUAGUAGUUUUGCUGCAAACAUAAAAACUGCCGGAUUUUCUGCAGGCAUAUCAAAAUCAGCAUCCGACAACGAAAAAGAUGUUGAAAAAUUAGAAAUGUACCUUCAAAGUCCCGUUGAACAAGGCUUUAACAAAGAUCAUAGUAUGCGAAACGAAAUGGAUUCAGGUGAUCAGUUAGUCAAUGAACAAAAAAAGAAAAAACGAGAAAGUCUCACCUAUAAAUAUCUUUCAGGUGGUCAUCAAAAGAAUUCAUCGCAAGAUUCAAGUGGACGAAAUAGUUUGGUUGAAGCAUUUUCAAGAAUGUUUAUGGGAGGAGGAAAAAAUAAUACGGAAAAUAAUGAUGGUACUGUUAUUGUUGAAGAUGAAGAUGAAGCUCAUGCCAAUAAAGACGCUGUUAAACAAGCGCUGGACAUAUUGGAAGGGAAAUCAGUUGAUAGUGAUGCCGUGAGUACAGAAUAUAAAACCGAAAUAAAAAAUGAUCCGAAUAUUAACAACAGUACCACAAAACCGGACCUUGUAACUUUAUACGCUGUGGAUGAAACUAUUUCAACACCUUCUUCUCCUUUAAUAUCAGAAUCGUCGACUUUGAAAGAUGCUGAGGAUGACAAUAAACGACGCAUUGAAUUCGUAUCAUCUGAUCAAAUAAGUCUAGAAACUACAAAAACAUUUUCAGCAGAGCUGUCACUCGAGCCACAAGAUGAUAUAAAAAAGAAUGAUAUGGAAUUAUCUCAAAAUGACGAUAUUGUUGAUGCUGAAGUUGAUAUUGCCAAAGAAAAUCAUAAUCAAGAGUCAAAAGAUAUUGUCAAAGAGAUUCAUAAUCAAGAAACAGAAGAUAUUACCAAAGAGAAUCAUCAUCAAGAAUCAAAAGAUGAUUAUGAUAAUAACGUAUCCUCAUCGAAUCUUUUAGAAGAAAAUAUAAAAGAGAAUGAUAACGCUGAAAAAAGCAAUAAAGGAUUAGAAUUUGAAAUGACUAUUAAUUCCGCCUCAUCUACUACUGAUAUUAAUAGGAGAGAUCAAGUCUUGUUAUCACCUACUAAAUUGGAGAAUGAAGAUUUGGCUACACCAACCCGUUCUCCAUUAAGCAGCUCACAUGAUGAUUCUCUUUUGAAUCGAUCUUUGAGUAUGGUUGGCAAAGAGAACCCUGAUAAUUUAGCCGAGAUAGAAGAUAUUGAUCUCGAUGAAGAAAAAAUCUUGAAAGAUGUCUAUAACAUGACAGUAAUCACCGAACGAAUGCUUGCAGUUUAUAAGAAGGCGUCUAAUUUCAAUAAUGAAAAUAUUACCAAAUUGAUAUCUGAAAGCUUGAAAGGGAUCACUGGGGAUAUACAAGAUUGCUUCGGUGUUGUGGUUAAGGAAAAAGUUGAAGCGGAGGAUAAGAAAACGAUUCAAGAAGAAAGUGAAAAGAAAGAGUUAGCGGCAGAGAAAAAAGAAGAAAUGGACAAUGAUAAAACAAUAAUCGUUAAUAUUCCACAACCUAUCCAACAGGAGACAACUGUUGUAGUUGCAGAUAACACUAUUAAUAUCAAUAAUAGUAAUUUGGAAGACGAAGAUGAAGGAGAUGCAGAUUCUAAUGUUUCAUAUAUGACUGCACUGACUCAUCAUCAUGAAUCGAGCACCGUGCCGACUCCUUCCCAC